AUGCCCGUUCUCUCGCCGUCCUUCUCUCCUCUGCUCCCGACACUUCCGCCUCUUCCUACCUCUCGCCAAUCCCUCUCUCGUCGCGCAUCUUCCACAAAUCCCUCACUCCUCUUCGACCCUCCCUCGUCCCUCUCGACCUUCCUCACCCAAAUCGGCAGCGCCGGUUCGCUCUCCUGCGAGAAAGGCGGCGGGGUGGGGCUCGAUACGAGGUCGGGAGGGUAUCAUACCAAUGGGAAGGGAAAGAACGGGACGAGGUACUGCGGUGAUGAGAAGGAGGGGCCGAAGAUGGUUUGGUGGGAGAGUAACAUGGACGUCGACUGUGACGGGAGCAGCAAGAAGGGACCUUGCUCGAACGACGAGAGCUUCCAGGGUCAGACGGCUUUCCAGGACAAGAGCGGCAAAGACAUCGACGCCCACUACGUCGUCAUCGACCAAGACAAGGAUUUCGACCCGACCAAGUUCGGCGUGCAGCCGCUGUCGGUCGUCGCGGUCGUCUGUGGAGGGAAGCUGACGUUCGGUAUCUGGGCUGACACAAAUGCCCUGGGAGACAUGGGCGAAGUUUCGGUCUACCUCGCCCAAGUCUGUUUCGGCACCGGCAUGAACGGCGACGCAGGCUACGACAACCCCGACGUCUUCUACGUCGCCUUUCCGGGCGGAAAGAGCGAGACGGUCCCUUCGAAGGAGGGGAAGGAUUUGAACGAGAUCAUGACUAUUGGUCAGGGGUUGGUGCAGAAGGCGUUCGGUAGCGGCGGCGCCGUUGUCUCGGGAGGUACGGGCAACUUGACGGGAGUGUCGAGUGCCAGUCAUUCGGGAGGCAAGGCGAGCUGGACGGGCGGAGGCGCGGGCGAGAGCGAUCAGGCAACCGCAACGUCGGCUGGUGUUGGCGGAGGCAGUUUAGGCGGGACGGGAGCGGGCGGAGCGACGGGAGCCGGCGAAAUGACCGGGGCUGCCCCGAUACCGACGGGCAACAACGCAGCAACAGCGUCGUAUGCGAGCGAAGGCGGUACUGGCGGUCUCUCGACAAGCGGCGGUACGGCUGGUGGCUCAACAUCUUCGGGAGGUUCUUCCAGUGCGCUGCUGGGGAGCACUGGCACCACGACUACCCAGCUCUUCAUCGCCGGCGGAUGCAUUUUUCUGCUACUCGCUGCCGUCGUCGGCUGGGCGGCGAUGCAGCAUGGACAGCAUGGCAGGCGGUACGAGCGCGCAAGCAGGAAAGACGGGACAAGCGACAGCGAGUCGGAUUCGGAGACUGCACGGCGGUCAAAGCGUACGAGUCGAAGAAACCAGAGCAGCGGGUCAGAGUCGAGCGGGACGGAAUCGAGCGAGACGGACGAGGAGAAGCCCUUGCGGGAGUUUGGGAGAAGGCGGUCGGCUCGACCACGUAGAAAGCGGGAUAUGUAUCGCUGA